UAAAAACAUCGAGGUCAGUUCGUUGUUUUGCGAAUUAUAAAAUUACGAAAAGAUUUUAAAGAAUAUAAUAAAAUUAAUUUGACAUAUAUAAUUUUAUAUACAAUUAUUAAAAAUAUUAUAUAACAAGAAUAAUCAAUAUUUUAUAAUAAGAUUAACAUUUACUUAUAUUUAUAAAUCAAGUAACUAAUAUACUAUAAGAGAUGGCGGUUAAUCUAAGAAAGUAACAUCUAUACAUCUUCAAUGUAGAUAGAAACAUAUGAAUAACUAAUAGACGAUACAAUCCAAGUGAUACUUUAUUAAUAUCAAAUUCAUUAUAAAUUAUUACGGAUUUUAUAAUUAUUAUUAUAUUAUAUAUGAUAAUAUAUAAAUUAAUAAAAAUAAAUUAAUAAAUUUAAAAAAUGGCACAAGAAGUAGAAGAAACUAUGAAACGCAUUCAAUCACAUAAAGGAGUAGUUGGAACAAUUGUAGUUAAUGGAGAAGGUAUCCCAAUUAAAUCUACAUUGGAUAAUACUACCACAGUUCAAUAUGCAGGAUUAAUAAGUCAACUGUCAGACAAAGCACGAUCUGUAGUACGAGAUUUGGAUCCAACAAAUGAUCUUACUUUCUUACGUAUUCGUAGUAAAAAACAUGAAAUUAUGGUUGCUCCAGAUAAAGAAUUUAUACUCAUAGUAAUACAGAAUCCAGUUGAUUGAUAAUCAGAAAUUAAAAUAUAAAAUAUUAUAUGCUUUGGAUGGAUGAAAAACACCAUAAUAAAUAAUCAUAGCUAUUAUACCUAAUAAAAAUGGUAUAACACAAAAAAUAAUGAGUAUAUUAAAAUACCAAGAAUUUUUAACUUCAUUUGAUGAAACAUAUAUCCAAAUAACAGUUGCUAUUAUAUUUUCAAGAAAGCAAAUUAUGUAAAAGAAUACAUGUUUAAGUAAUGUACUACCAUCUAUUGUAUUUAGAUAUAUGAACACAUGUAUUACACCAACUACCAUAGAAAAUAAUAUAGAAUAAAUACGUUCUUUAAUUUUUGGGGAACAAUGUGGAGCAUGAUUAGAAUCUUUACAAAAUUCCAAUAUACCAUGGGAAUCAAUAAUAAUCCAAAGAGUCAUACUUAUCCAAUGAAAAAUACAACCAAUUAUAGUAUAUAUUGGCCAAAUACUUGCCAGAAUACUUAGAGAUAAUAUUCUCGAAACUGAAAAAUUAUUUUAAAAAUUAAAUUUUAACUUUUUUGUAUAAUAAUCAAUAUAUACACACCUGUUAUACAGAAAUGCCAUAUAAAUUGUAAAACUAUUCCUAUAAUACUAAUAUUUAGCUUAUCUUGUUGAGCCAAUCUAAUACUACGAUGAUAAUUAGCCAUUGCCCAUCCCAUACUUCCAAGUGAACUAGUAAUACUAGCUAUUUGAUGAACAACUAUAAUGUAGAUAAAUAUUAAUUUUAUUCCUCUUAAUUAAUAUUAUAAAAUGAAUUGUAUAAAAACAUACAUUCAAAAUUAAUAUCAUUGUGGUCAUGUUUUAAUAAUAUAGUUAGUUGUAAAAUUUGCUGAGGAGCAGCUUCAAGAAAACAUUCAGAUACUCUUAAUAAUGCAACAUCUUGAUCUUCUUUAAGCAUCUUGAGAUAAUAUCGUCUUUGAGCAUUACGAUUAUUCUGUUUAUUGAACUUAUAAGCAUUAAGAGCAUAUUUUAAAGUUCGAUAAUAGCGUAACACUGGUGUUAAUUGAAAUGCUAUAAGUAUAAUGCAAUACAAUUUUUUUGAUAAUAUUGCAUGUAUACAUUUAAGAUCAGUAGAAUCUGAUGUUUCAUUUGUCUAAGAAAAAAUAAAACAAUAUUACAUAUUUAAUUAUAGUAAUAUUUUUAUUCAAUAUAAUUUUUUACCUUAUCAUCUUGUUGUUGCAUUCUUCUACUAAUUAUAACAUUUAUAAAUGAAGGUAAAAAAAUAAAAACAGUUGUCCAUGUAAAAUAUAUUACUUUUUCAGCUAAUAAAUAUCUUAUUGCAAGAUUUAUAUCAAUUGCUACAUCCAAAAUAUGCAUAAGAAUUGAAGAUAUAAGGAAAAAAAUAUCCAAAUAAGAUACAGUUGGAUUUUUCAAAGGAACAUCUACAUCAUCAAUAUUUAUUUCUAAUAUAGGAAAAAUAUCAAUAAUUUGUCUUGUAUGCAAUUGUUUAGUCUGAAUUUCCAUAUUUAUGUAUCAUCAAAUAAUCUUUAAUAAUAAAUAGUAAUAACAAGUUAAGAAUUAUAAA